AUAUAUUGGAAUUAUAUAUCAAACAGAUAUAGUUUUUUUAAUAUAUUUUCCAAUGAUUGAGAAAAAUAAAUGUUAAUCGUGUGACUAUAUUCAUUUUGAAUUAUAUCGAAAACUGUUUAUUCGUAUUGGUUCGUACAAAGUGUAGUACAAUGUAAAAUUGAAAUAUAAUUUUAUAUUUUUAUGUGAAAACUUUAUAUCAUACUUUUGUGGAGAGUAAUAAAAGAAAUCCUUCAUUAAAUAUGUUGAUUUAUGACGUUUUACAUAAAGAAAAAGUGUAUGAAAUCGUUAUUAACGAUCUCAGAAACAUUGGGAUAAAAUAUCGCUUUAAAAAGAAUGCGAUUAAAACAGAUAAAUUUGAAAAAAGUAAAAAUAUUUCAAAGAAAGUCUUCAGAACACCUUUAUCAUAUCAACCGUUAGAAGUUGUUAAUCUAUCAUCAGGUGGUAUAGUUCAUGUGCCUGUAUUCGUCAGUCAGGCAUCUGCAUUUCUUGAGAAACAUAUAACCCAAGAAGGUUUAUUCAGAAAAGCUGGAUCUCAUAUGAGACAAAAAGAAUUAAUGUCAUACUUGGAUAAAGGUUCUUUAUUGGGAGAAAAAAAUCAUGCAAUCGAUGUUGCCAAUUGUUUAAAAACAUUCUUCAGAGAUCUUCCGGAGCCAUUAAUUCCAUAUACAUAUCAUGAUUUAUUUUUACACUGUGCAAUGUUGAAAAACCACCGUGUUCAAGCAUUGCUAUUAGCUUGUGUGUUGUUACCUCCUUAUCAUUUAAAUACUUUAGCAUUUGUAAUGGAAUUUUUAAAAAAAGUAUCUCUCUAUGAGAAACAGAACAAAAUGAGUAUUGAUAAUUUAGCAAAAGUUAUUGGCCCUAAUAUUAUGCCUUUAAGAGAAGCUACUAUGAUGGCAGUUCAAAGUAGACUUGAAUUGCAUUUAAUUAUUGUUAAGAUUUUGAUAGAAAAUGCUGAAAAUAUUGGGGUUUUACCAGACCAUAUAACACAUUUUAUUUUAUCUGAAGUAAUUGGUAGCAUUGAUAAUGAAUUGGAUUUAUCUGAUUCGCAACUGCAUGGGAAAUUGAAGAAAAAGAAAUAUCGCAGUGGAAGUCUUACGCGUAAGCCACAUCUAAGUGCCUCUAACCUGAAUCUAAGAAUGCUCCAUGGUUUAAAGAAGAUAGUUGGAAAAAGUAAUUCACCUAUAAAUGCAGAAAUAAACGAGAAUCAAGAUUCUAUUACUAACUCAAAUAUGACCUGCACAUCAUCCAUUAAAUCUACGAAAAAGCGGAAAGUCAUUGAAUGGCUAGAUCCACAAAGUACUAAAAAAAAGAGGAUUAGUGAUAAAAUAGAAAAAUCUAAGAAAACUGGUUUGAAUAUAGAUCGUUUUGUAUCAAAAAGUAAACAAAAGGUAGACUCUAGUUCAAGUAUACGUACAUUUAAUCCUUAUACUGAUAGACGAUGGAGUUUGGCACAUAAUUCUCCUGUAUCAUUUGAAAAGCGCAGAACAAAUAGUGAUGGUUCAUUGCAUCUAAAAAAAUCAAUAUUAAAGGAAACAGAAACUUCGAAUUCUAACAAUCAUAGCAAUUAUAGUGAUGUAUUUGUUGAUGCUGAUAUCAAUUUAUCAGAUUAUAAUAAUGAACAAGUAUUGUUAAAAAAGGAAGCCAAUAAUACUGAUAUCAAUCAAUGGCAUAUUAAAUUUAAUAAUAGUUCAGAGAAAUUGAAACAUACAAACAAACAUUCAGAGCCACCUAUAGGAACAGCAGUAACAAAAGAUGAAUAUGAAGAAUAUGUAAGGAUACCAAAGAGUGAAUAUGAAGAAAUAAAAAAUAGAGUUUCUGCUAUCGAAUCUCGUAUAUCGCAAGAAUUUGGAUAUAUUGAUGAUACAAGAAAUGAAAGUUUGAUAGAAAAUUCUGUAAAUAAAGUACAAACAGAGUAUGAAAAAACGUUAGAAGAAGCAGGUAUAAAAAAUAUUGUGACAGCCGAUCAUUUAGCAAAAAAACUUGGAAAAGAGCUAAAAAUCAGAAGAUCGAGUGAACGUAAAGUGAUAAGAUCUCCAAGUGCUCGAAAAAUAGGAAGCUUACGAAGACGAUCACAAGAAAAAAUGAAAAGUAAAUGUGUUAGUCGUACCGAUUCAUGGCAUGCGUCUCAAGAGUGGCAACGUAAAUGUAGAAAUCAGUCCAACGAGCAAGAGAUAGUUUGUCUUGCAAAUGAAGAAUCAGAUACAGCUCUCGAGUUAACAAAACAAGUAUCAAGUUUGAGGAAUGAUUCAUUGUGCAGUUCAAAGACAAAUACAAGAUUGGAAUUAUUACAAAAACAGUUAAAUGAUUUAAUCUCUCAUACAACAGAACAUACGAGAGAUUCGCUAACUGAUGAUGAAUCAAUUAUAAAUGAUAUCAAUAUGCAUACACCAAAACAAAGUCCAUUAAAGUUCUCCGUUCGUAGAGCAUCAUCUUUUCAUGGCAAUGAAUUUAUAAACAAUUCAUUUUACUUUAAUCGAAAAGUCAAAGAAUUGAAAAAAACCAAUAGCCAACAAAAUGUCUUUUUAAAUAAUGAUUAUCAAGAUAGACAAAACGACGUGUCUCAAAAUUGGAAAGAAACAUCGAUUUCUUGGAAAGAUGCGGGUGAUUAUUUCAAAUCUACUGUUCAAAUACGUACGCCAGUUCCUCAAACGGGUCGAGCAUCUGUUGCUAAACUUAGAACUCAAAAUGCUGGUAUGGUGUUAGCUAAAGCAAAACUAUUUGAUGAAAAUACAAUAAAAGUGUCUACAUGUACGUUUGACAAUGGUCAAAGUCAAAAAGGUUAUGUAGUAAAUACAAAUAAAAAAGAAUUUGCAAAAGAAUCUAAAAGUGAAAAAAUAAAUAUUAUGAACAUAGAAAAGUCAUGUUGCGAUUUGGAAACUAAACGUAAUAUUUCAGUACAUAAAAGACUUGAAAGACAUUCAAGGAAUAAAAAUUUGACUCAAUUCCAGUCACCAAAAAUGUCUUUAAGAAAUAAGAAUAAUUCAAUGGAUAUAUCAUUAGAAAUAAAUGAAGAAGACUUUGAAAAGCAUUAUAACAGACGACAUUGUGAAAAAUAUAAUCAAAAUUUAUUAGAGAAAAGUAAUAAGUCGCCAAUGCAGAAAUCGUACUAUUUAAAUGAACAGAACAAUAAAGAAUAUAAAAAGUGUAGUCCCCAAAAAGAAAAUAUAGUGGUAAGAACUUCCUCUAUAUUGAAAAACACAUCUACAAAUAAAGUAGAUGAGGAAUCAAAUGUGAAUAUUUAUAAGUCUGAAAAUGGAUUAUGUAAAACUCCACAUAUCAAAAGACCAUUAGCUAUUAAAACACCUAAAAGUUCUAAAUCUCUUGUGAGACGUCCACCGUUAGACACACGUAGAACACCUUUGAAAGCUAUUGCACAUUUAGAAGUAUCAAAAUAUCAAAGUCCUAAGCGUAUUUCGAAACCUAAAAAUUUAAUGAAUGAACAUUAAGUACUAAGUCUUCAAUAGAAAACUAUAAUAAUGAAUGCUUCCAAUAUGUGGCCAUAUAUAUGUGUAAGAUUACAUCCAGAAAGCUUUGUAUUUAGAAUUAUUUAAAAAUCUUGGAUUUUGAAAAUUUCUAAAAGCUAGUCAUCUACAAUUGCUAUAUUGUGAAGGUAUUAUUACCAUGACUAAGUUCAAAAUAGAUGUAUCACACAGUUUAUUAUAUAUAUAAAAAUUUAUUUUUUGUAACUGUACGCAUAAAUAUAAACCAUAGAUAUAAGUCUAAAUAAUUUGUUCUUUUAGGAAAUAUUUAGUCUUCUUUUAUUUAUUAACGUAAUUUUGUAUAAUACUGUACUUUUAUACUGCAUUUACUAUUUUGUAUAUCAAUUUUCUGAAAAGUAUAAAUAAAUUGAUAUAAUAUAAAGAGAGAAACUGUGUAAAUGAUGUAAACUUUAUAUAAAUUGUACUUUCAUAAAAACAUUUCAUAUUUUAUGAAAAUAAUCUGCGUGGUAUAAUAACGUACGAAAACGUAAUUGCCAAAUGACCAAUCACAUUGCGUUGUUUGUCUUUUAUAUUUAUGACUGUUUAUUACUUUCCACUUGUAGCGUAUAUUACAGGAUAAUCGAUGCUGUAUAACUACAGCAACAGGUAUGAACAGGAUACGAAGUAAAAGUGCAAUAGGAAAACACUGUCCUCACCUAUUGUAUCGGUGCAUAAACUUGUGUAGCUUAUACCUCUCUCGUAACUUAACAAUCGAAUUAGUAUGUGACAGAAAUUUUUGUAUAUGCCCAUGCACAAUAUACAUUGUUCAAAUUAUUAUUAAAUUAUCAAAAGUAGACAUUUUUUAAAGUUAGCCUUAUAGGAAGAGGAUUGCGAAAUUUAUUCAUUGGAAUACAAAA